GACUGUUAUGUUGCAGGAGCACCCGAAAUACGCGUUCGACUACUCAGUGAGCGACUUCCACACGGGCGACUCGAAGAGCCAAUGGGAGACGCGCGACGGUGACGUCGUGAAGGGCCAAUACACGGUCGUCGAGCCGGACGGCACACUGCGAACCGUCGAGUACACGGCUGACGACCACAACGGCUUCAAUGCGGUCGUGAAGCGAACCGAACCCAAACACCCCGUUCCCGUGCACACGGCUCAUCAUCAGCUGCAUCACACCGUCGACUAUGGACACCAUCACUACGAGGCUCCUCUCUACUACAACCAUCUCCAGUAGGACAGCUGGACACCAGCCCAAUCAACCGAGUACCUGUGAUCUCACCACUCACCCCAUCAACCACAAGGCUCAUAUUCACAAAAAAAUUCAAUGUUUUCAAAUAGUAGAAAGGACAUCACUGUAAAAUACAAAUUGAUAAUCAUAGCACCCUUUUAAUAUACAUGUCUGAAGAGUUCGAAGCAUGUGUUUAAAUAAAUAUUGAAAGGGUGUUUUGUAAAGAGAACAUCGUAGUAUAUUACCAUAGAGAAACAAUAGCUAUAAGUAGAUAUCCCAUGGUUUAUGUCGCAACUCUGACUGUUAUCUCAAGCCGAUAGUCCACGUAGUUCUUUCCCUUGAAGCUGUGUGACGCUGGUAGUCUCUCAUAUUGUGCCGUUCAUACACUCUCACCCGGGCAAAACAAUAAAAAUCGACAGUAAUCAACAAUAAUCGGCUUGAGUUAACAGUAAAAGUUGCGACAUAAACGCCCUAUACCAUGGGAUAUCAUACUCACGCUAUUGCUUCUCUAUGAUAUUACAUAUUAAUAAUCAUAGCACCCUUUUAAUAUUCAUCUCUAGAGACUUCGAAACAUGUGUUUGAAUAAAUACUGGAAGGGUGCUAUGAUUUCAACAUUUAUUGUACAUACAAGUAGUUCUAAAUAGCAAAGAGGACACUAUAGUGUCUAGAAUGAUAAUCAAAUUGGGAAAAAUCAAAUUAUUAUAUAGAAGGAUGUGUAACAUAAUAAUUGAAGACCUUAGAGAGUUUGCCAAAAACGUGUGCCUUAGUGCAACGAUUAACCUGUCAAAGUAAUAUCAACCAUUUUCCAUGGGAUCUCAAAAUAGCUUACCAUACUUUUCUAUUUCAUUAACAUUGAAAUUACUAAUUUCAUAUUACUAAUCACAUUACAUAAGUUAUAUUGUAAUUUAUCAAUUAAGUUGUAUACCAAUCAAAAAUAUGUUGAAACUAUAAUUUUAUUACAAAAUUGCAGUACAAUAAAAUUAUAUGUAUUUUUGUAAGGUGCCAUGUAUACACAUCGCUUUAUUUAUCAGUUUAUAGCUGGCAUUUCGAAGCUACCCUAUUGUAAGACAUCCAGUUGUUAUUCUGAAGUAUUCUAAAGUGAUUCACUGAUCAUUCAUGAUAGCUUAUGAAGGGCUUAUACUUCUAAAUAUAUUUUUAUACCAAAUAAUUUAUAAGACAAAUUUUUCAAUAAGCAUUUGUAAGUAUCACUAACUGCUUCAUAUACGUAUCAUGUUACCAUGACAUAGACAUAAGCAAGGAAAAAAGAAAAUUAUAAAAAAAUAAAUGAAUUGAAUAUUUUAUAAGAA